AUGAACGGCGAUACUUACUCUUCUUCGAGAGGAGAACCUGGCCGCUCCAGGGAGCACUUCCGCGACGAAAGACGCGAACGCGGAGGCGAACGUGGAAGUGAACGCGGUGAAAGAGGUGACAGAGGAGAGCGGAGACGAUCGAGAUCACCCCAUUACGGCUCCAGGGGUUCACGUCGUGAAUACGAGGCAGACUCAUACUCGUCGAGUCGCGACUACCGCGCGAGAGAACGAGAGGACCGCUACUCCAGCCGGAGAGACGACCGCGAAUGGGACCGGGACCGCGGCGAUCGCGGCGACCGCGGCGACCGCAGACGCAGAGAUUUCGAUGACAGACCACCUCGACGUGACCGGGAUAGAGACUUGUUCGACGAGAAACCCCGGAGAGAACGAGGAGGAGACCGCGAGCGCGAGCGCGACCGGGAGAGGAAAGAACGGAAAAGAAGCGCAACUCCUCCGCGCAAGAGGGAGCCCACACCCGAUCUGACAGAUGUGCCAUCUGUUCUGACCAGGAAGCGUCGUUUGACGCAGUGGGACAUUAAGCCUCCUGGUUACGAGAAUGUUACUGCUGAGCAAGCCAAGCUGUCGGGCAUGUUCCCCCUUCCCGGAGCACCUCGCCAGCAGCCAAUGGACCCCAGCCGCCUUCAAGCGUUUAUGAACCAGCCAGGUGGUGGAUCUGCGGACAAUUCAGCUCUCAAGCCCUCCAACUCGCGUCAGGCCAGGCGUCUGUUCGUAUACAACCUGCCUCCCGGCGUGUCCAGCGAGCAUCUCGUGUCCUUCUUCAACCUGCAACUCAACGGCCUCAAUGUCAUUCACAGUGUGGACCCUUGUAUCUCGGCCCAAAUAUCUGAAGACCAUAGUUUUGCACUUCUAGAGUUCAAGACACCCAACGACACCACCGUUGCUCUUGCCUUUGAUGGCAUCACGUUGGAGGAGCACGAAUCCGUCAGUGGAGCUGAGAACGGUGCCCCCAAGGGGCUCGAAGUGCGCCGGCCCAAGGACUACAUUGUCCCGAACGGCAGUGCGGAUCAAGAAUACCAGGAGGGUGUGUUGCUGAACGAGGUUCCCGACUCGCCCAACAAGAUUUGUGUGUCCAAUAUCCCGCAAUAUAUUCCAGAGGAGCCCGUGACCAUGCUGCUCAAGUCGUUUGGCGAGCUCAAAUCGUUUGUGCUUGUGAAAGAUAGCUCGACGGAAGAGUCGAGGGGUAUCGCUUUCUGCGAGUACGCUGACCCCUCAGCGACUGCUAUCGCUGUGGAGGGUCUCAACGGUAUGGAAUUGGGCGACCGGCAUCUCAAGGUUGUGCGUGCCAGUAUCGGAAUGACGCAGGCCGCUGGACUUGACAUGGGAGUCAACGCGAUGUCGAUGUUCGCCAAGACUACAUCGCAGGAUUUGGAGAGCAGCCGUGUCUUGCAGUUGUUGAACAUGGUGACGCCGGAGGAGCUUUUGGACAAUGAUGAUUACGAAGAAAUUUGCGAUGAUGUACGCGAGGAGUGCUCCAAGUAUGGCAAGGUCGAGGACUUGAAGGUGCCACGCCCUUCUGGCGGCAGCAGGCAGUCUCCUGGAGUGGGCAAGAUCUAUGUCAAGUUUGACACGGUAGAAUCGGCCACCAAUGCCUUGAAAGCGCUUGCGGGCAGAAAGUUCUCUGAUCGGACAGUGGUGACGACCUACUUUUCCGAGGAGAAUUUCGAAGUGAAUGCCUGGUAG